GCCCAAUGGCAGCUUAGAAAUGCUGCUACACAACUCUCAAGGUACAACCGAAUUGGGAUUCAGUUAGAGACUAGGCAUCAUGCUCGAUGUGUCAUUGGCAAUGGAGUAUCUUCACCAUGAACACUACGAGGUGGUCUUGCACUGUGACUUGAAGCCUAGCAAUGUGUUGUUCGAUGAGGACAUGACAGCACAUGUGGCAGACUUUGGCAUUGCAAGGUUGUUACUAGGUGAUAACAGCUCUACGAUCACUGCGAGCAUGCCUGGAACUGUUGGGUACAUGGCACCAGAGUAUGGGGCUCAGGGAAAAGCUUCACGAAAAAGUGAUGUAUUCAGCUUUGGAAUCAUGCUCUUUGAAGUCUUCACUAGAAAGAGACCCACAGAUGCAUUUUUUGUCGGAGAUAUAAGCCUGAGGCAGUGGGUUGCUGAGGCGUUUCCGGCAGAACUUGUCUGUGUUAUGGAUGAUCAGCUACUACAAGGGUCUUUUAGCCGCAGCAUGGAAGGCUUUCUUGUGCCGAUAUUUGAGUUGGGUUUGGCAUGCACUAGCGACUCUCCUAACCAAAGGAUGACAAUGAGCGAUGUGGUUGUGAAGCUGAAGAAGAUACAAGUGGCCUACCAUAAAUCGAUAGCAGCCGCACAGAAUGAAGCCAGUCAUUGA